UCUGCGUUCCAGUGUUGGUCUCUCUCCCCACUCAUUAGGGACUUGUGAUUCAGCUUAGCGAGUCUUGGAGUGUUGGGACGGGAAAUCCAAGCUCCCCUCCCAUCUCCUCUCACUUUCAUUCGUGAACUGCUCUCCCGCCCCUUCUCUGUAUAAUCACUAUACCACAUGACAGAGCAGAGUUUGUGACCUCUGCAGUACAGCAGUUUCUUACUGAUCAGACCCAAAUUGCGAGGGUAUUUCUUGCGCUGAUUUUGGGCAGAAGUCUGUGGAGUGUUUUUUGUAACAUUGUUAAUGUGUUAAGAGGGUUGUAGUGCACAUGAGCAUUGUCAAAUUGGUCAAAAUACAGUCAUUUUGCUCACUAUGGAUGCUCAAGAAAUAGGCAAUUUCAUAUUAUCAAUUUUGAAAAAUGCAGCAUUUAUUUGAAAUUGAAAUCUAUUGUAACAUUAUAAGUGUUUUUACAGUCACUUUAAUUAUUUGUAAGCAUCCUUGAAUGAAUAAAAGGAUUUAUUUUAGAAAAACUGCACUGACCACAAACCUCAUUUUUAAAUGGUAGUGUAAAUAUAGAAUUUUUGCCAUUUGUUUGUCUUCCUGUCUGUAGUCGUUUUCCUUAUUUCUUCAAUAUUAACAAAAGUUCAUAGGCAUAUGUUACACAGUACUUGAUGCAUCAACAAAAAUACAAAAUUUGACAAAACAUUCGACAAAAUAAAUACGACACUUCUGUUAUGGUCCGGUUUCAUUGUGCACCAGAACAUCUGUUCUCGAAGUGGCCCAGAGAUCGGCUGAAACCCUCCCACUGUGGCUUAUCCUCACAAACACGUUCCCCUGGCUGAACCGGUCACUGGAAGCUGAGGUAUAAAUGCUUUCUGACAGAGCUGCUCCUCCCUCGGUGCUCUGCAGAGGUCAGCACUUCAGUUCACGCUGGGAAAGACACCACUGUUGAAGUGUGUCACUGUACUGGACAGGAUAAAAGCGUUACUGGGUGGUUGCAGAGGAUGAAAGCUGCACGUAUUGCGUGUAAGGGGGCAGACGCCUGCUGGGACUGAUUAGCAUUAGCCGUGUGUGCUAGAGAGGCGGCCCGCAUAAGGGAAUGUGUUCCUCUGACCUGUUGGACUGUUAAUGAUUAUAGCAGGCUGAGUAUAGCCGAUACAGAAAAAAGAGAGAUUUCAGUGAGGACAUUCAUGUUCACAAAACAGUGAUGGAUAACAUGACUGGGAACAUGUGAAAGACAACUUGUGUUCUAUUGAUUUUUGUCCAAGUCUAUUGUUUUCAUCUUAAAAAGCAUAAAAAGAACCCCUCUGAAAAUGUCUGGCAUUGCUCCAACUGAUUGAAUGAUUGUCUUUGGCCCUGUUUGUCUUAGACAUAAACCAAGAGGAAAUCUAUUAGUUUUGUCCUUGAAAAACAUCCUUUCUUUACUGUAGAAACGUAACCCUCUGGAUUUUGACUAGAAUGAUAGUUUACCCCCUUAUUUGAGUCAAAUGUCCCCUGGAGAACUGCUUGUGUGACCUUGUGUUCCCAUUUCUGUGCUGUGUGAGUGACUGUCACACAGUCUGGCCUAUAUUUUUAUCCAAAAUAAAGAGAUUACAUUUUACUUUUUGCGUAAUGAUGAUUCACAUUUUAAUGCUUCAUCAAAAUUAAACUUUGGGACAUUAAGAUCAAUUAUUUUUGCUGUUACGCAAUUAAAUUCAGCAUAAAAUAUUUAUACUUUUGCAUUGUUGUUUUUGUUAUAAAUAAAUGGACCUAAACUAUUUUCAUGCAGUUCCCCUGAACAUUAGAUUUAAAUUGCUGUUGACUACACUGACACUCUGAGUGGUUUGGGCUACAGGUAGUUCCCCUGGUUGAAGUGCAGAAAGCAGUUAAUGGUUUAACCCUCUUAUCGCAGCUAAGGUGCUCUCCAUGACUCAGCUGAUAACGUGGUUGGGUUGUUUUUAAUGGGCUUGGGCGUGAGCAGCCUCGCUGUAAUGGACUGGGAGGAUGAAGAACAGUCCUCAUCAUCUGCGUCUUCUGUAGAUUAUCGUUUCUGUUACAGCGUCUGGUGUUAUUAGAUAAGACAGAUGGGUUUGUGAGUAGUGAUACCAAUAACAGUGUCACAAUUCCUAAUGCAAAUAGGCUACCACCAAAAAACAGAUAUGCAAAAGAACACACUUCUUUAAUGUGUGUUAAUGUAACUUUUUUAUAUUAUUCUUCCCUUUAUUUGUUUACAUUAUUUUAGACGCAACCAACUGUUUAUAUUAGUACCUUGCCAAAUGCAGGUUUUGACCAAGAAGCAGACAUGCAGAUGAUCUUUCUUUGAGUAUGUGCAUGAAUUCACAUGUGAGUAUUUGAAAGUUUGCUAGUUUUAAAUGUUGGCAUAAUCACAGUUGACUCUUAACAACAAUUUGGUAAACAAAUACCAUUUCCUUUUGAGUAUUCUUUGCACACUCACGUUGGGUAUCUGAUGUGCUCAGAAAUUCCAGCACAUAUAUACAAACACAAACUGACGGCAACACAAAUGUGGAAUGCUGGGGGUUUGAAACUGCAGCAGCGCCCCUCUGUAUCCUGGAGUCUGUCACACAAGUCAUACUGCAAUAUAUCAUUGAGAGAGGGAGAGAAGAGAACAAUACUGCUGCAACACUUAGAGAAAAGAAACUGCAGGAAAGUGCCCACUUGGAGUUGAUAGAUGCCUUAAUGGCAGUGGGUGCCAUGGAGAUGGUAAGCAGAGUCUUGGCGAGCGGCGGAUCAGAGCUGCUUGGUACAGAUGCAUCCUGGGACAGAGCCCUGCUCUACUGGGUGAACACGCUAAACCAAAAACUGAAGGAACAAACAGAAGGUACACUAAACGAUGCAUCUCAGCCUAGUACUGAACCACAGCCUGUUCAACCUUCGUGUCCCACCCGCUGGUACUGGAAACUUGUUCCUAUCCUUUACAGGAAGGACAGGAUGCAGUCUAAACUCAAACCCUAUUUUCCUGUGGUGAAUGAAGUGAAGGAUCUCUCGAACGGAUGUGCUAUUGCUGCUGUUAUUCACUAUUACUGUCCUGGGCUUCUGAGAUUAGAGGACGUAUGUAUGAAGGACUCGAUGUCUGUGGCUGACAGCCUGUACAACCUACAGCUGAUUCGAGAGUUCUGUGACAGCUGUUUAAAGAGCUGCUGCCCUCUAGCGUUGGAGGAUUUGCUCUACAGCCCAGCAGAAUUAAAGACAAACAUACUGAGCUUUCUGGCAGAGCUCUUGUAUUGGUUCGAGGUCUCAAAGCCAGAGUUUGUUCAGCCUCUCCAGGACUCUGAGCUCACUGAAACAUCUGGAAGGACCGGCAAUGGCAACAGUGGGUCAAGCAAUAGUGGUUCUCCAUCUAUCUUCAAGAGGCCUUUCCUGCCCAUCUCUUCCCCUGUGACUGCAGCAACAGGAUCUCUGACUCAGUCUACCUCAAUGUCUCAUGUAGAGACAGCAGGACGAACGUGGACUAAGAAACCACUAAGCCGUCCCUUGUCUGCUGUGUCCUUUAGUAUUCCUUUUGGACUGGAUAGUGAUGUGGACAUUGUGAUGGGGAACCCGGUUAUAACUCGGUCUGUCAGUUCGGACAAUCUUAAUCCUGCUGGUCAAUCCAUGACACGUGAACCCUACACGCCUCCAGAGGACCUCAGCCACUUGCUCAGUAAGGCUCCUGGGCCUAAUGGCCCUCAAAGAGCUUCCUGGGCCACUCAAACUCGUCCAUUGCUGGCUGAAGAGAACGGCAUUGAUGAUAGUGAAACAGGAGAGCUACCAACAAUUGAAGAGGCACUGCAGAUCAUCCACAACGAGGAGAAGAUGGAGCCUCGCCUUCACCCGGACGGGGCUCCCGAUGGUUUCUACCUGCAUUCACUGGAUGAUCCAGCAAAUGCUAGACUCAAUGGGAGCCCAGUGACACUCAGCUCUUCAGCACCAUCCCGUUCAGGAAUGCUCUACAACCGAUCCUCAGGAAUCCCACCAGAGCCCAGCCGCACCAGACACCCCUCAGAGGGAUCCAGAGAUGACGACUCCGUGUUAAGAGAUGGAAGCAUGGAUUCAGAUGCCUCAGAAGAUCUUCCAAAAAUUCAUUCAACCCCUGCCACACCCGCUUCGGGUCCUCGCAUAACAGAACCACGUUGUGUAAAGACACCGGAAAGCGGUGUUAGGAUGACCAAUUUUGCCGAACGGAAGAAGAAACUUGUUCCAGAGCAGGUACAACCCAGUGAACCACAGGUACCACAAAUGACUACAUGGGCCAAGAAAUUAGAAGAGAGUCCCAGUAAGAGUCCUGCUGUCAGCACUGAAAUGUCAGAGCUGGGGGCGAGGCUGGAGGAGAAGCGGAAGGCCAUUGAGGCACAGAAGAAACGUAUAGAAGCCAUCUUUGCCAAACACAGGCAGCGGCUGGGCAAAAGUGCCUUCCUACAGUUAAAGAAGGAGCAGGAGGAUGGGGAUGGUGAGGAAGGACGUCAAGGGGAGGUUGGCACCUCCUCCAUAGAAAAUGACCUCAGCCGUUUGGCACUGGAGGAGAAACUGGCACGUUUAGAGAGCGAGGAGGAGCAGGAUGAGCAACAGCAGGAACAGUUGAAAAAGGGCCCCUCUGUAGAAGAAGAGGGGAAUAUCAAGUCCCAUGUCCAACAGGACAAUCCAGUAGAGAAAGAAAAAGCUGGAGUAGGAAUUCCUGGAGGAAAAGAAACGGCCCCACUGGGAAAUUACAACAACGCUGUGUCUAAACUAAGUGCUGCUCUCAAUUCUCUCCAAAAUGAUAUGCAGCGUCUCUCGGAGCAGCAGAACCAGCUGAUGAAGAAGAAGGUAGCUCCUAACAUCCAGGCCAGUGGCGUCCCACCCAGCCCCAAACCCUCAACAGCUGCAUCUUCUCGUUUGUCAAGAGAGUCCAAUCGCAACCUCUCCUCUGCCUCCUCCUCUCCUUCCCCAUCUCGCAAGAUUGCAAAUCACACCGCUCCCCCCAAAUCACCAUCAUCCCACCGUAGGGCACAGUCUGCACCUCCAAAGAGCCCCAAACUGCAUCACCCUCGACCUGCAGAGCUCAAGACUCCUGCUUCAACAAGAGUUAUAACUCUCCCUCAAAAUGUGGACAACAUUCCUCAUUUGCGAAGAGUGUCCCCGUGGCAAUGCAGGGAUCAGAACUCAUCCUCUUUCAGCAUAGGUACCUCCAGUCAGAGUGAGUCCCGCUCAGCUUCGUCCCUGGCUAGAACAGAGGACAACAUUUCAGACACAGGCUCCAGUGAGGACCAUACAAUCUUCAGUAUGGAACUGGAUAGCGGAUCUUCACAGGUUCUGGCCCGAAAGGAUCGCCAGGGGGGCGGCAGCAGCUCAGGAGCUCCUUCCGAGUGCUCCUUUGAGAGUGACCUUCCUGCAGCAGGUUUCAAUGGCAAGCACAAAAGCCUUAUCGAGAUCUCGCUGUCCUCCCUCAAAGCAUUGGAGGGUGAAGGAGCCGAUCAGAGCCAGGAUAACUUCUCAGAUUCAAUGAGUGACCAAACAGAGCCAGAAAUUAGUGGUGGAGUUGGAUUCUUCUUUAAGCAGGAUGAAGCUCGACCUGAGGAUGAGAUGGAGAGGAGAAGAGCAGCAUUACUUGAGAAACAACAAAAGAGAGCAGAGGAGAUCAAGAGACGAAGACAGGAGCAAGAAAGAGAGAGGGAGCCAAGUAGGUCAUCUUCAAUGGAUGAGUCUCGCAGAGGAGAGGAGAGACCCCAAACUCCUUCUACCCCUCCGCCUCCACGCACCCCUCCACCAGAGGGCACUCCUCAGCGGCGUGGAGACUUCACCCGCCAGGAGUAUGAACGGCGACAUCAGCUAAAAAUAAUGGAGGAUCUAGAUAAAGUACUCCGCCAGAAACCCACUACAGUUAGAGGCGUCAAGAAGCAGAGGCCCAAAACAGUGUUUAGAGAUGACUCUGACCUCUCCCGCAGCCCAGCCAAAGGGUUUAUGGGUUCUAGACUAAAUAAAGUUUACUCCCAUUCAACAACGAAUCUGUCCUCCAUGGCCAAUGACAAUGGGACGCUAACUGUCAGAAAAUCUCCAAGUCGUUCUCAUUCACCAUCCAGACUGCUGUCUCCAGGCCGUCUUGCUGCACAGAAUGGGGACUGGGAAAAUGAAUCUACUAUUUCAUCCGCAGCCUCCAUCCCAGAAUAUACUGGACCGAAACUCUACAAGGAGCCAAGCUUCAAGUCCAAUAAGUUCAUUAUCCAUAAUGCCAUCUCUCGCUGUUGUUUGGCAGGCAAGGUCAACGAACCGCAGAAAAACAAGAUUGUAGAGGAAAUGGAGAAAAGCCCUGCAAACCAUUUCCUCAUUCUGUUUCGGGACGCCAGCUGUCAAUUCCGGGCAGUUUACACCAUGAACCCUGAGACAGAGGAGAUGGUUCGACUCGUAGGUGUCGGGCCACGUGUUAUCAAUCUCACUAUGGUGGAAUCGAUUUACAAGUACAGCUCUGACCGUAAGCAGUUUACAACUAUCCCGUCCAAGACCAUGUCCAUGAGUGUGGAUGCCUUUACCAUUCCCGGCCACCUAUGGGAGCGUAAGCGCCCGGGAACCCCAAAGAAGCUCGGGACCCCAAAAUAAAUCCUGCUGGAAAUGCCAACUGCCUGAGCUAGCCACAUCACCUUUGGUUUCUGUCCUCACUCCGGCAGAAUAGCGGGACACCAGUGGAGUGCAUGACAGGAGAAAGAGUGGAAUAACAAAAAAGAAUCCCUAGAAAUUAAAGUAAAGUCAUCAGAAGUUCAUUGGUUGGUGACUGUGCAAAACUCCUUUGUGUAACUACUGGAUCUAUUCAGAAAUCUCCAUUGCCAUCUUCUUAAAAGGAAACUGAAGUGAACUCACGUCAUAUUUAGAAGAAAAGGGCCUGAUUGGUUUUCUAAGAUUGUACAAAAUGUGUCCUUUAAUGUUAAAACUUUAAAUGCAACUUUCCAGUCUCAUCUUUAAAGUAAAAUGAAUGUCCUCCAGAAAAAGAUCCUCAGAAAUGUUUCAGCUCCUUCCCUCCUUUACUCACUGAACUGGAUCUGUUGGCAUGUAAAGGAUGCUCCAGAUGAAAUCGGAUCUUUGGUCUUUGAUGAAUGUACCAGCACAGGCCUUCUUAUCAUCUGUUUAUCGUCAUCAGCUUCUCAGUCUUAAGGGACUGAAUGUAGAACUGUAUUACAAGGGGCGCAGCCACUCUCCUUUAAGUCACGUCAAGUGAAAAAAUCCCACGCUGCUGUCCAUUUUGAGUCCGUCUUGCUCCCUAAUCCAACCACUCUGUCUUUUGGCCUUCCUAAAGUCAGUCUAGACAUCUGGAUGUUUGUUUUCUUAAUGACCUAAUCUAACUGGAUGACUCAAGCUUUCGGACCUCAGGGGAGCAUGUUAAAGACUCAAAUAUUUUUACUUCCCAUUUGCUUUAGUUAAGAAUGAAUGAAAAAGUGAAAAGAUGCCAGAACACGCUGUUGAUUUCCAUUAAUGAUACUCGAAAAAUGAAGGAAGUCUGUUAAGGCGUAACUGGAAAAAUAAUGCAAGAAAAAAAAAAUCAAGGCUGAUUUAAUAUACUGUACAUCUGAAUGAUGUUUAUUGCUGAUUCUUACAUUUUUGACAAUGAUUUGUAUAUUGUGGAGAUUUGUAAGCAUUGAAUAAGCUACCCUGCUGCUUCGCUUUUAGAGCUGGAUGUGCUGGUGUGAAUGAGUGUGUGAGCAGGGGACCGGGGACCAGACUGAGACAGAUGGUGAGAAACCGUGAACACAAAUCUGAUAUUAACUCUAUGUACCCAGAGCUGAGUGAACAAGUUGUCCUCUUUGGUGUCCCAACAUGCAGCAGCACAUAGUGAUAUUCCAAUAGUGAACACCAACAGAAAGUGAUAUAAAAACAAACAUUAAAAGGCAGAUGAGCAGCCAUGGUGUCUAUUAUGUUGUUUCUAUUACUAUGAUCUAUGAAUAGUCUCAAAGCUGUCUAACUUGGCCUUAUUUGAUCCGUGGAUGGCUUAAAGUUGUCUUUUUGUAUAAAAGGGGCAUUUAGUCUGUUUCUCUUCAUCAAAGCACUAAAACAACUGAUUCAGUCAGGCCACCCUUUCCUGUCUUAGUAGAAUCAGAUGAAGUACUUCACAGAUUUGCCUAAAGAUGUACAUAUUUUUGAAAAGAGCGAAAAAAGAAGAAAAAUUGAAAUGGUUGAAUGCUAGGUUUCUGUCAAAUGAAUGGGAGAUGUGUGGGCUUCUUGUGUUUGUCUGUUGGGUAAAACAUGAUGGUUCAAUGUAACUGGAUUCUGUGCAAUUCUGUAGAAUGUUAGGUCACCUAAGGUGUAUUUAUUGGGUGAGGAGGAGCUAGAGUUUUCAGUUGUGUUUCAGAUUUUAUUAUUUAUGUUCUUGCAAAUGUGGUGAUUCACUCAUUCAUUUCAGAAAGCACAUUAAUGUUUAGUAUUUUCCUUUUAAUGUUUCCAUGUUCAUGUUGGUAGUUUUUGUGUUUUCUCCCAAAUUCUUUGAUUAUGGAUCAAUCCCAUGUGACCGGAUUAGAAAAAUAAAACCAUUUUUAAAUAAUCCCAA